GGGUGUGGGGAGAUGGAGCAAGGCUUUGCACGAGGGGCGCCUCUUCCUGGUCGCCAGAUCCCUGCUCGGACAGUGCCCGAGUCCUUCUUGCAAGUGGAUUUCGGCGGGGUGCACUGGGCAGGGCUGAAAGCCCCUCCCUGGGCCCGGAUCCGUCCUUGUUCUAGGCAUCAUGGUGCGCAUGAAUGUUCUGGCUGAUGCUCUUAAAAGCAUCAACAAUGCAGAGAAACGAGGAAAGCGCCAAGUUCUCAUUAGACCGUGCUCAAAAGUUAUUGUACGGUUCUUAACCGUGAUGAUGAAGCAUGGUUACAUUGGCGAAUUUGAGAUCAUUGAUGAUCACAGAGCUGGGAAAAUUGUUGUCAAUCUCACAGGCAGACUUAACAAGUGUGGUGUGAUCAGUCCCAGAUUUGAUGUUCAACUGAAGGAUCUGGAAAAAUGGCAGAAUAACCUGCUGCCCUCACGUCAGUUUGGGUACAUAGUGCUGACAACCUCAGCUGGCAUCAUGGACCAUGAGGAAGCUAGGCGAAAACACACAGGAGGCAAAAUCCUGGGAUUCUUUUUCUAAAACUUGUAAACCAAGCAUACUAAUAAAUUGUUCAAAUGGA